CCCGCCCUCUCCCAAGCAUUUUCCCCCGCCCAACGGCGGAAAUCAAGACUCCAAGAAGUAGCGGGAGGAGGGGAAGGGGAAAGGGAAGAGGAAGGAGGAGACAUGAAUGCUUCGUCUCGGUACUGUCACUGUUUCGUUCUUCCUCCGCGUCACCGAGGAAUUUCUUUUUCCCGCCCUCUCCUUCUCUCGAACGGUUGCUCUUUCUCCUUCCUCUCCCUAACUCCCACCAAAUUCCGCGCCCAAGAACGUGUCCGGGCAUCUUUCUCAUCAGAGAAAGAAGCCGUCGACUUGACCAGUAACAGGCUUUCUGAGGGCGAAGAUGACGAUGAGGAUGAGGACGAGGCUGCCGAAGAGUAUGAUGAAUUAGCUGAGAGGACGUGGAGUUACGAAGAUGGGGAGGAGGAAGAAGAAGAUGAGUAUGGGUUGGAGGAGGAGGAGGAAGGAGAGGAAGAAGAAGAGGAAGAGGAAGAAAAGGGGUUGAGUUCGGAGGAGUUGCUGUUGAAGUCGAGGGAGGCAAAGCGGCAGAGAGUGGACAGGCUGCUUUCAGGAGCCAGGGAGUACGGGGAAGGCAUCGUCUCUCUGGGGGACCUCAUAUCGAUUUAUGACUUCCGAAUCGAUAAAUUUCAGCGGUUAGCCAUUGAAGCAUUCUUGAGAGGUUUGUCAGUUGUAGUGUCCGCACCAACAAGUAGUGGGAAGACUUUAAUAGCUGAAACUGCAGCAGCAUCUACAUUAAUUCGAGGAAGGCGCUUGUUCUACACCACCCCACUGAAGGCAUUAUCCAACCAGAAGUAUCGGGAAUUUCGUGAUGCAUUUGGAGAAAGCAAUGUGGGGCUCCUCACUGGUGAUUCUGCAAUAAACAAAGAUGCACCGAUUUUAAUCAUGACAACAGAGAUUCUGCGCAAUAUGUUAUAUCAGAGUGUUGGUAUGGUUUCAGCAGGGAGUAGAUUAUUCCUUGUUGAUGUGAUUGUUUUAGAUGAGGUGCACUAUCUCAGCGACAUAUCUCGGGGUACCGUUUGGGAAGAAGUUGUGAUUUAUUGUCCAAAAGAAGUACAACUUUUGUGCCUCUCGGCAACUAUUGCAAAUCCUGAGGAGCUAGCGGGUUGGAUUAGUCAGAUUCACGGACCUACAGAAUUAGUUACCUCUGCAAAGCGACCUGUUCCUUUGAACUGGCAUUUCUCCAUGAAGAGUUCCAUGUUGCCACUCCUUAAUGAGAAAGGAAACGGAAUGAACCGGAGGCUUUCAGUAAAAUAUUUACAGCAGUCUGCUUUGGAUGACAAAUCAUAUGAGGAAGGAUUCCGGAGAAAAAAUUUUAGAAAAUCUGGGAAAGAUCGCAUCUAUGGGCACAGCAACACCCUAAUGGGGCAAGCACGGUUGUCAGAGAAUGACAUGAAUGCUCUACGUCGUUCACAAGUACCACAAAUCAGAGAUACGUUACGUCAUCUUAGGACAAGAAAUAUGCUUCCCACUAUUUGGUUUGUAUUUAGUCGUAGAGGAUGUGAUGCUGCUGUAAAGUACCUUGAGGAUUGCAAUCUCUUGGAUGAAUUUGAAAUGGGUGAGGUAGAGCUGGCCUUGAAGAAAUUCAAGUUUCAGUUUCCAGACGCUGUCAGGGAGAUCUCUGUAAGAGGUCUUCUGCAGGGAGUUGCAGCACAUCAUGCUGGCUGUUUGCCCCUUUGGAAAUCAUUUAUUGAGGAGCUUUUCCAGAGAGGCCUUAUUAAGGUUGUUUUUGCCACAGAAACCCUGGCUGCUGGGAUUAACAUGCCAGCUCGCACUACAGUUAUUUCAUCUCUCAGUAAAAGAACUGAAAACAGGCGUGUACUGUUAAGCUCUAAUGAGCUACUUCAGAUGGCGGGUAGAGCUGGGCGCAGAGGAAUUGAUAAAGAAGGCCAUGUUGUCCUUGUUCAGACUCCAUUUGAAGGAGCAGAAGAAUGCUGCAAGCUUCUCUUCCGGGGUGCUGAGCCUCUUGUCUCACAAUUUACUGCUUCAUAUGGGAUGGUUCUCAACCUCCUUGGUGGAUCAAGAGUUACUCAUAAAUCUAAGGAAGAUGAUCUCAAGGUGUUUCGUGCUGGGCGAACAUUAGAAGAAGCUCGUCAGCUAGUUGAGAAGAGCUUUGGAAAUUAUGUUGGAAGCAAUGUUAUGCUGGCAGCACAAGAGGAAUAUCAAAAAAUACAGGAGGAGAUUGAACUUCUAACAUUUGAAACUAGUGCUGAAGCCAUUGAUAGGAAAUGCAGGGAACAGUUGCCUGAGAUGGCAUAUAAGGAAAUCUUUGAAAUGCAAGAAGAACUGAGGGUUCAAAAAAGGAUAAGAAAACAACUGCGGCGGACCCUUGAAAUGGAAAGAAUGUCAGCAUUGAAGCCACUUUUGCAAGGGUCACAAGGCGGCCUACUGCCAUACAUAUGUUUACAGUAUAAGGACAAGGAAACGGCUCAGCAUUUCAUCCCAGCUGUGUAUUUGGGGAAACUUGAAACUUUCUGUUCUAUAAAGCUUCCUGACUUGGACGAUGAUGGCCAAUCUCUUGAAGUGGAAACCAUCGAAUUGACACAAGAUCUUGGAAAUACUAAAUCAUCAGAAGAAGCCAAACCUUGUUAUUAUGUGGCCCUUGGAUCUGAUAAUUCGUGGUAUCUGUUCACAGAGAGAUUUAUUAAGACAGUUUAUAGAACUGGUCUGCCAGAUGCUCCUUUGGUUCACGGCGAUUUGUCACCAAGCUGCAUAAUGAGACAACUUCUUGAGAAGCAUGACUUGGUGUGGGAGAAACUUUCGAGUUCUGAAUUUGGUAACUUAUGGUGCAUGGAAGGAUCACUAGAGACAUGGUCAUGGAGUUUGAAUGUACCUGUCUUGAGUAGCUUAUCUAUGGAUGAUGAGGUUCAAGAAAUAUCUCCAACGUAUAGUCAGGCUCUGGAGAGUUACACUGAUCAGAGGAGCAAGGUUAAACGUUUGAAGAAAAAGCUCAUGAAUUCAAGAGGUUACAAGGAGUAUAAGAGGAUCAUAGAUAUAGCCAGUGUUACACGGGAGAAGAUUGAACGCUUGAAGGAUAGAUCAAACCGUUUGAUAAGUAGGAUACAGCAGAUUGAGCCUUCUGGAUGGAAGGAGUUUGUACAGGUCAGCAAUGUCAUACACGAGGCAAGAGCUUUAGAUAUCAGCACACACACGAUAUUCCCUCUUGGCGAAACUGCAUCAGCAAUCAGAGGAGAAAAUGAACUUUGGUUAGCAAUGGUUCUUCGAAAUAAAAUAUUAGUGAGCUUAAAGCCUUUACAGCUAGCUGCAGUUUGUGGUAGUUUGGUUUCUGAUGGGCUAAAAGUUCGUCCAUGGAAGGAUAACAGUUAUAUAUAUGAAGCAUCACCUGUUGUGACAAAUGUCAUCAAAUGUUUGGAUGUUCAAAGAAGCUCACUUUUAAAGCUACAAGCUAAAUAUGGGGUGGAGAUUCCAUGUGAACUUGAUGGCCAAUUCUCUGGAAUGGUUGAAGCCUGGGCUUCUGGCUUAACCUGGAGAGAGAUUAUGAUGGAUUGUGCAAUGGAUGAGGGAGACCUUGCUAGACUCUUGCGGCGCACGAUUGAUCUUCUGGCUCAAAUACCUAAACUGCCAGACAUUGACCAUUCGUUGCAAACAAAUGCAUCUACGGCGGCACAUGUUAUGGAUCGACCUCCUAUCAGUGAGCUUGUUGGGUAAAUUAUUGAGUGGGGCUGAUCAAGGGCCUUGAAAAAUCAACCAUUUUUGUUGAAUCGCAUGAACCUGCUAUGAAUCGCUUGCAUGAUUCAGGGCCGCUAAAUCGCCAUUGUUAGCUAAAAAAAGAAGACAUGGUGCAACAGAAAAGAUCUUUUAGCGACUAGCUAUACUUCCGUUGGCAUCACCGGUCAAAGGAGCAACCACUGGAAAAUUGGGGAUGCCAGCAAGAAGAGGUCGGACUCAUCAGGGUAAAGGCCAUGCAAAAUGAGAGCGCCACCUGAUCGAAUUUUCGUUGAAGCGUCGAACUCUAGCGGAAGCAGCAGUGCAAAUUUUCCUAAUUGCUGGUGAUGGCAUCUUCUUCUCCACGGCAUUAGAGGCUGCCCAUUCAUAGGCAGAAAACAAAGGGGCUUGUCGCCUUACAAUGCCUACAGUUUCAACAGUAGGAUUGGCCUCACAACUUCUCCGGAGGUACAGUCUUCCCAUUAACUCUCUGUGUUGGCCUUUCAUCUUUACCAAAUGGGCAAAUUUCAGAUUAUCGCACCAGGUCAAGGAUUAGGUCUGAUCACUACCUGCAGCCAUAAAAGAAUCUCUAUCCUCCACUUCCUGCCCAGGCAGCAGUUAGCAUGAUAAGUUUAACGCUUUUCCAAAUAGAUUUCCUCAACCAGACGAAUGUCAAACUAUUGUCGUCAUGUACUCGAGAAUUGCGGAAUUUUCAGCAGCUUUAAAGCACCACCAGGGGACACCAUAGAUGCCAUCCUCUCUUAGCCCAUUCAGACUUGAAUUUGCAGCCCCACCACCAGCAUAAAAAAUCCGGCAAAGUUCUUUUGAAUUGUUCCUGAACAUUAAAUUUCAAACUUCUCAUUUUCCAUACAAACAGAGCUAUCUUACAUCUCAAAAGCAGAUCUAUCGUUUCUUCAUAUAAGCCACAAGAAGGACAUCUGUUAGCCAGAUGUAUCCCAAAUUUCUUCAGCCUGUUGAAUGCAAGUAAUCUUCUUUCAAAAGCCAGGAACAAUCUCCAUUUUGCAUGAGGCAAGGCAUCGUUUUCCUUUUAGCAUAUGUUCUUGAACGUAUCUUCCUCGGAGAAAGGCUCCCUGUUCUCCGCCUACAAGUGUAGCCAAAAUCAGCUCUACUCUCUUUGCCACGACUUUAGUGAUCAUUUUAUACAAGCAGUUGCAUAAUGCUACCAGGCGGAAAUCUGUAAUAUAAAUCACAAGUUGUUUUUUUUUGGAUUCAAGAUUAUGUGCGACCCAUUCACUCGUCUGAUGAGUUCCCUGUUUUAAAGAAAUCACCAAUAGCAACAACCACUUUAUUUCUUAAAAAAUUCUACAUUAAAUCCAUCGGACCAUGGUGCUUUCCCAUUUUUCAUUUUAAAAACAGUCCUACGCACAUCCUCGAUGGUGAUAGGCGUGAGUAAAAGUUCUAAAUCAAAAUGUAUUUUUCCUGAUUUACAGAAUUUCGAUUCGGUUUCCGCCCAAUUGUUGGAUCAUCAAGCUUUUCCUUUUGUUUCAAAUACUGAUUUGGAUAAUAUUGGAAAAACAAGUGACAGAUGGACCGCAGUAAAUUUUGCAGCGGGGAUUGAGCUUAUCCGACGGGACUUAACUGAUAUAGUUUGGCAGUUCCAUGUCUUCACCAACUAGAAGAUGUAGUGUACUUUGGAUGAUCUCAAACUAAUGUAUUAUUAAUCCAUAAAAACUAUUUAUUUUCCUUC